UCAUCUUCUGUCUCUUCUCUCUCUCUCUCUCUCUCACCAUCUCUCUGUUUCUCCACCUCAAACACUCAACACAGUAACUUCUAGAGAGAGAAAACUGUUAGAGAGAGAAAAUCCACACAGUGGACUGGACACUCCACUCAAACCAAAACCCCUUUUUUAAAUUUAUUUUUAUUUAAUUCAAAUCAAUUCUUUUUAUUGGCUAGAUUCUUCAAACAAAACCAAUUAAAUCCACAAACCAAAAACCUCAAAAACCCCAAAAACAAAAAACAGAGCACAACAAUGGCAACAACAUAAAAAAACAUAGUGAUUAUCGAGAGAUAAAUCAAAUCACAACCUUAAAUCCCACAAAAAAAAAACCCACCAAGAUUUAAUCAUGUUAAUAAUGUCCCCUAAUCUCCACACAAUCUUCUUCAUCUUCUUCAUCUUCAUCUUCAACCUCCUCUGUUUUAGUUCCUCUGUUUCUUCAACAAACCCAGAACUUGAAUCACUUCUGAAGCUCAAAUCAUCACUAGACCCAUCAAGCUUACACCUUUCAUCAUGGUCCGAAAAUGGUGACCCAUGUGGUGGGACCUUUGAUGGUGUGGGUUGCAAUGAAAAGGGUCAAGUGGCUAACAUUUCAUUACAGGGAAAAGGGUUAAAGGGUCAACUUUCACCUGCAAUUUCUGGGCUUAAACAUUUGACUGGAAUUUACUUGCAUUAUAACUCACUUGUUGGUGAGAUUCCCAAGGAGAUUGGUUCUUUGUCUAAGUUGGUUGAUCUUUAUCUUGAUGUUAAUAAUCUUUCUGGGGUUAUUCCUCCUCAGAUUGCUCACUUGGAAAAGCUUCAAGUUCUGCAAUUAUGUUACAACCAGCUAACAGGAAGCAUACCAACACAACUGGGUUCAAUGAAAAAGCUUAAUGUUCUUGCAUUACAGUCAAAUCACCUCUCAGGUGCAAUUCCUGCAAGUUUAGGAAGCAUUGAAACCCUAAUUAGGCUUGAUUUAAGCUUCAAUCAUCUCUUUGGUUCAAUCCCAACACCAAUUGCUGAAGCUCCAUUGCUCGAAUCUCUCGACAUUCGAAACAACACCCUUUCUGGGAAUGUUUCCCCUGCUUUACUCAGAUUAAAUGAAGGGUUUCAGUAUUCAAACAAUCCAGGAUUAUGUGGAAUUGGCUUCCUUACACUAAAACUUUGUCCUAAUUCUGACCACCUUGGUCAAAUCAGACCCGAACCAUAUGGAGGAAGAACAACAACAACAACAACAACAACAACAACAAAUGGACUUCCAAGAAAAGAAAUCCCAGAAACAGCUAAUGUUAACCUUCCAAAUUCUAAAUCCCCUCAAAAAAAAUCCCAUGCUUCAAUAGCUGUUGUAGUUGUGGUUUUAACCCUUGGAUUGUCACUUGUUAGUGUUUUCAUCUUCACCAAAUAUCGCCGUACAAAACAGAAACUAGGAACCUCAUUCGAGCUUUCUGACAGUCGUCUUAGUACUACUGAUGAUCAUCCACCUAGGAAAAACGGGUCACCCUUAAUCAGUGUUGAGUACCCAAACGGGUGGGACCCGUUAUCAGAUGUUCGGAGCUUCAACGGAUUCUCAAACGACGUGAUUCAAGGAUUCCGGUUUAACUUAGAGGAAGUUGAAUGUGCUACUCAGCAUUUCUCACCUUCUAACUUGUUGGGUAAGAGUGGUUUAUCAGCUGUUUAUAGAGGCGUUUUAAGAGAUGGUUCGGUUGUUGCUGUUAAGAAGAUUAGUAAAGGGAGUUGUAAGAGUGAAGAGGCCGAGUUUUUGAAGGGUUUGAAUGUGUUGACUUCUUUGAGGCAUGAGAAUUUGGUUAGAUUGAGAGGGUUUUGCUGUUCUAGGGGAAGAGGAGAGUGUUUUUUGGUGUAUGACUUUGUUUUUAAUGGGGUUUUGUUGAAGUAUCUUGAUUUGAAAGAUGGUGAUGCGAAUGUUCUCGAUUGGUCUGCUCGUGUUUGGAUCAUCUAUGGUAUUGCCAAAGGAAUACAAUACCUCCACACACCCAAAGUGAACAAACCAGCACUAAUCCACCAAAACCUCUCAGCCGAAAAGGUUCUAAUCGACCAACGAUUCAACCCAUUACUCGCAGAUUCCGGCCUAUACAAACUCCUCACAAACGACACCGUCUUCUCAUCACUCAAAUCAAGUGCAGCAAUGGGUUACUUAGCACCCGAAUACACCACAACAGGAAAGUUCACUGAGAAAAGCGAUGUCUAUGCAUUUGGAAUGCUCGUGUUCCAAAUCUUGUCAGGAAAGAAGAGAAUAACUAACACUAUUCGUGUUGGUGCUGAAUUACUUAGAUCACAAGAAUAUGUAGACUUCAAUCUUCAUGGGAAAUUCUCCGAGUUAGAGGCUGCUAAACUAGGUAAGAUCGCGUUAAGCUGUACUCAUGAAUUGCCUAAUGAAAGGCCUUUGAUGGAUAGUGUUAUUCUUGAGCUAGGUAGUUGUACUAAUUGUUAUAGGUCUCCAUGAUUUUCAGGACUAAUUUGAGUAAUUAGUGCUAAUUAAGGGUCGUUUUCUGUUUCGAGUUUUCUGAAGUAAAAACUGUGAUUUAAUUUGUAGGCUGUAGUAAGGUAACUUGUAUUAACUGAAGUGUUUCUGGGGGUUAUGCAAUGAAAUCUCUUGUUCCUAGUA